UCGGUUUGGUUGAUCAUCUGGAAGGAAAAUUUAAUUUUGUUUUGAAGUGAUUGUUGUGAUUUAAUUAACAGCGGAACUUUAAUUUGUUUUACAUUUUGUUUAUUGGAUUGAUUGAAUUUAGAUUAGUCAGUUUUCCAUUGCUCGUGGUGUUGUUUUUGGAUUAAUUGGAUUUGAAAUAUUUUCGUUUUGAUUUUGUUUUUUGGAAACAUUGGUACAAAAUGGAACCAGUUAAAAAAGCAGUUAAACAUGAUUCCGGUGUCGCUGAUUUGGAAAAGGUUACUGAUUAUGCCGAAGAAGAGGAAUUUUCUUCUCAAGAUAUUGCUGGAGCAAUGAAUCUUUUUGAAAGUCGACGUAAUCUGGAAACUGCUAAGAAAAAUGCUCGACAAAAAGAAUUAGCUAAAGUGAUUAUCAAAAAAGAAGAUGUGGAAUUGAUUGUUAAAGAAUUAGAUAUUCCCAAGAGUGUUGCCGAGAUGAAACUUAGAGAACAUGGUGGUAAUAUCGUUGAAACUCUCAUCACAUUAACUGAUUAGAGUUCUACAAAUUCAUAAUCUAAAUAAAAAUUUACAUUCAUAAUAAUCAUCAA